UGAUCAUGAAGAGCAAGCUGAAGCUAGUUUCAUAUAUAUUCUCUCCUUUCUCUAAACCAUGAAAUCCCCCAAGGUUUCAGUUUCAACCGUAGUUGCUGUUAUGCUACUACUUGUCUUACUAGCCCCAGCUUCGGAGGGUGUGAUUUCAUGUAGUGAUGUAGUUAAAUACCUGAGACCCUGUGUGAACUACCUGGUGAAAGGCACUGGGAAGCCUCCAGCUGGUUGUUGUUCUGGAGCCUCAUCUCUUGCAUCUGCCGCAACAACCUCCGCUGAUAAGAAGGCUGCUUGUGGCUGCAUUAAGACGGCGGCCAAGAACAUAAAUCCAAAUGCUCAAGCAGCCCAAGCUCUACCUGGGGACUGUGGGAUCACUUUGCCAUUCACUAUUUCGUCUAAUGUCGACUGCUCCAAGAUUAGUUGAAACUGAUCAAAGGGCCUAAGUGUACGUGUAAUAAAGUACUGCUUCAACUUAGUAUGUGGGGGAUGUAUCAUCCAUCAUCAUGUAUGAGCUGUUCUU